AGUGCACUGUGUGUGUACUCGAAUGAAAUGUCAUAAUUGAGAAAUGACGAUCGUUCGACUGUGUGUAUCGAAACUAUAAAUUUAAUCAUAAUUGCGUUAUUCCAACAUGAGUGACGUGGAAAACAUAUACUGUCGGCUUUGCGCCGAGUUAAAACCCAACAAUAAACUAAUAGAUCUAAAAACUGAUGAUGAAAAAUCACAAGAAAUAGUCACCAAAUUAACUCGACUACAUAUAGAGUUAAAUGAUAAUAUGUUUCCAAAAACGGUAUGUUUGAUGUGUGUUACCUCAUUACAGAGCGCUUACGAGUUCGUUACGACUGUAGAACAAGCUCAAACAGUUCUAAACGACUUGAUACUCGUUCGGCAAAUUAAAAAGGAGAAAAAUGUUUCGGACGACGAAAAUGAUGUUACCGAAGUCCCUGACGAUACUUGCCAAGAUUAUUUAGUUGUUAAAGUUGAAUCCAAGCCCGCUGAACCGAAACCCACUGAAAGUAGUUCGAAAGCAGUUGAAAAAGGUCCGAAAAAGGGUCCACAGGUUUACAGAAAGCGAAAUCUUAGUCCUACAAUAGAACCGGUACCAGUUAACGACGUUAAACUGUCAUGGAAGGACUACAGUUGGAUGUGUUCAUACUGCGACACCCUGUUUCCCAAUGUUGAUGAGUUAAAAACACAUUCAAUGGAGUUCCAUAACGCUUGCAAUGCAUUCCGAUGUACGGACUGCAGACGAAGAAAGUUGAGGCUUGAUAGCUUCUUGAUUCAUGUUUGCAGACACCGAAAACACCUGAAAUUCUCCUGCUAUAAAUGUCCUAUGAAGUUUGCAACUGUAAAAGUUGGAAAUUAUCAUAGAACGAAGCAUAUAAAUUCCAAUUACGUUUGUCUGGGAUGCAACACAAAUUUCACAACGAAGAAGGAUUUGAAUAGUCACGCAAGUAAAUAUUACAAAGAGACACGAGUAAGAAAAUUACCAGAUAUACCACAAGAUGAUACUUUAACAUGCGUAAUAUGCCACAAGACAUGUCGAAACCGAGGCAGCUUAAAUGUGCAUCUGUUAACACAUACAGACAGAAAAAAGAACCAUACCUGUGAAGUAUGCGGUAAAUGUUUCUUUCAAAAGGGCAGUUUGGCGGAACAUAUGCUUCAACACACAAAUGAAAGACCGUUUCCCUGUGAAAUAUGCAAGUUUUCCUUCAAAACAUCGAGGCAGCUACGAAGGCAUGUCGGAGUGCAUGAUGGGAUAAAACCUUUUGCGUGUGACCAAUGCGGUAGAUGCUUCAGAUUAAAAAAGCAAUUACUAUCCCACAGUAUAAUCCAUACGGAUUCCUUUCCACAUGUCUGCUCAUACUGCAACAAAGGUUUUCGUUUCAAAACCAUUCUCAACCAACAUCUGCGUCAACACACCGGUGUUAAACCUUACAACUGCAGUAUCUGUCAACGGGACUUUACAAAUUGGCCAAACUUUAAUAAGCACAUGAAACGAAGGCAUGGUACGGAUAUGGCAAAGAAGAAACACACACCAGAGGGAACAUUUCCUAUAAAUUCUGCUGGCGAUGUUAUAUACCCUGCAGGAGAUUGUCUAGAUUGGAGAAAGAAAAUUAUGAUGGCUACGCAAAAAGAGAAACCAAAAGUUGAUGAUAAGAUUGAAACCGUAAUGCAGAGAGAAUCGGUACUUACUGGUGAAGUCAGUAACAAUUGAAUAAAAUUAUUUAAAAAAAGAUCGAAGAGUACAGUCUAUGGUAUAAAUAUUCCAAGUCGAAAAGAAAUAUAUUGUAAAUAAGAAUUAACAAUCAUAGACUAGAUGUUUAAAAUUUCAAAUUUUAAUUAUUGGUGUUGUUAAAUCCUAUUCUGGAAUAGUAUUAGAUAUUAUGUGUUGUGAAAUCUAUUGAAUAUAAAAUAGAGCAAUAUUAGGAAUUUGUCAACGAUGUGGAAAGCCAUAAGAGGCACCAACCGUAGGAUAAGAAAUAAAACAGUAAUAUUAUAAAUGUUGGUAGUUUGUAAACAGAUUUAACCUAACCUUAAUGUAAAUCAAUCUUAUUGGAAUCUAACAAUGAA